AUGGGGGCAAGAGGCCUCUGGGACUCCAGAACAGAGGGGCCCAGGAAGCCCGACCAGUCAGGAAGGCUGUUACCAGCAGCCCCGCCCUCGACACCCAGGCUCCCCCGCAGGGCAGUCAGAGGUCGCCACCGGCCCGGUCCCCACGCGGCGGGCGCGCGCAGAUCCCGGAGGGCGCCCAGGAGGCGGCGGCUCCCGGCGCCGCUUCCGCUGGGGGCCGGUUCAGCGGCGCGGGGUCGCGCGGAGCGGCGGGAGAGCGGGCGGUGCCUGACAGCUGUGGGCCGGCGGCGCACGGUGGCGGCAGAGUCGAGGCGGCGGCGGCCGGUGCAAGGUCCCGCCCUGACCACAGCUGCCCUUCAGGAAACUGGCCUGGAGCCACUGUCGGGCCACUGGGCUGCUUGUCAAGGGUGGGGCAGCGGCGACUUGCCACCUCGCUUCGUCAGCCCGGCCUGGGGCUCCACCUGGCACUCAGCACGGCCACGGCUCUUACUACAGAGAGAGCUGCAGGACGAGCCCCGGUGCAGCAGGACCCCGGAGACCGGGAUCCAGAAGAAACCGCAGGAGAGACCAGUCAAGAUUGUCGACUCCUUGAGGGCAGUCACAGAAUACUCUACUUCUCUUAUAUUCUUCACGAGCCCCAGGAAACGAAUGCUCUGCCUAUAG